AUGAAGCUGUUGGUGUUGUGCUCGCUAUUGGCCUUGGCGGCCGCUCAGCCCGCGAAAAACGACCUCUGGAAGGGUAGCAGCAUGGACCAGAUGGUGGAUCAGACAAAGAUCGAGUGCGCGCAGAAGAACGACGAGGUCUCCUGCAUGAAAUUCAAGGUUCUGAACCUUCUCGACCAGGUCUUCCGCAAAGACAGCUUCAAGGCAAGUGUCUCUGAAACCGUGGAGGUAACUCGCAACUCUUACCCCGUGGAAGAAGUGUCUGCUCGUAGCGAAGGUUCCUUCCUGGACAACGUGCAGACCUAUUUGACCUCUCACGACGUGACCUUCAAGCUGCCGAUGGACUCGUCGGUGAAGGUGAGCGCCAGGAACAUCGACGACGAUCAGCUCACCUUUGACGUCAAGUUCGGCCAGGGUCGUGCCGUCGAAGAGGCUCGCAAGUCCAAGCUGAAGAAGGUCGUCAUCCCCAUCCUAGUGUUCGUCCUGCUCAAGGCCAUGACUCUCAUCCCCCUGGCCAUCGGCGUCCUCGGCCUCAAAGCUUGGAACGCUCUUCAACUUUCGUUCUUCAGUUUUAUCGUCUCCGUCGGCAUGGCUAUCUUCCAGCUGUGUAAGAAAAUCGCAGCGGACAGUCACGGAGCAGCGUUGGCCUCUCACGGCCCGUGGGAGUACCAGGCUCAAUACAGAUCCCUCCAGGACGACGAACAGCCGUCCGCGUUGUUUGCGCAAGAUCUCGCAUAUUCCGGACACGCGCAAUCGUAA